AUGAACUUGAAGAUUGCUGCCAAGGUUGGCACAUUCAUACCUGACCCUUUUGGCACCAUUAGAUACGUGUACACACCUCUCGUUGCAUAUCAAGCUGAUCUACCCGAAGCUCAAGUUAUAGCUUGUGUCGCCAAAAAUUCAUCCCCGGUAUCUCUCGCUACUCAGUCUCAGUUUGGCAAUGCGGAGGUGUACCCUCCCUGUACAGCAAGACAUACCUUAGAACAGAUCUUCAAGAUCUCGCAGAAGAUUGACCCCUGGAAAUUAAAUGAGUUUCAGAUAGCGGCAAAGGAAGUCGGCAUCAAUGGCGUACAUCAGCCAUUUUGGAGAAAUUGGCACCUCGCUGACCCGUCCGUAUUUCUGACGCCCAAACUCUUGCAUACGUGUUAUAAAUUCUUCUUUGACCAUGUCCUCGUCUGGUGCAAGGAAGUUUUAGGGCACCAGGAGCUAGAUAAUCGCUAUAAAAGUCACAACAAGCGAGUUGGAUUCCGCCACUUUGACAAGGGCGUUACAAGUCGUACUAUUUUCCCCACAAUUGCGGGCGCGGUUGCUCCUAACUUCGUCUUUGCUAUUCAAUCAAUGAUUGACUUCAUCUAUGCUGCACAACAUCCUGUCCAAACUCCCAGUUCUAUCAAGAAAAUGGUCCAAUCCCUUGAACAGUUUCAUUGGCAUAAGGGUGCUAUAUUAGAGGCGGAAGCUAGGAGAGGUAAAAAUGACACAAUAGAUAAUUUCAGGAUCCCCAAGCUCGAGCUCAUGCAGCACUUUGCCCGGUCAAUCGAGAACAAUGGUACUAUCCCUCAAUAUACUGGAGAUGUCAUUCUGGACCACGUGGAGAAGCGUCGAAUGUUCGACCUGUAUACUCUCCUCCGCUCGAGUGGCAAGGGUUUCAUAAACCAAGCCAUUGCUUCAGAGGAUUAUGAAUGUGCACUAUUGCUAGCGGACCACGAAGUUGUGGACACUGAUCCUCACUUUGCGUGGAUAUCAUCCAUAUUGCCCCAAGAAACUCGUUUCACUGGCUCUCGUCUUGUCCGCAAUCAUUUUAUCAAGGGCAUCCUUUCUGAUGACGCGUCCACAGCUUUCCAUAUCACUGUUGCGCCCAACAUAAAAAGCUCUCUCCCAUUUCAAAAUGUACGAGUGUGGUUCAAAUUCCGAAUACAGCUACACUUGGUAUUCGACAACAAGAUUAUCAUGCCUAGUCAGCUUGUGCAAGCAUACCCUCGGAACCAGCAAUUUCCUUGGGGUAACUGUGAUACUGUGUUAUUGGGAGGUACGGGUCAAGAUCCACAGCGCCGACAUCAGCGUGUUGGGAGGAUAGUGCCACUGACAGCCGUUGCUCAAGCUGUGGAGCUCAUCCCGUUGUAUGGCGCCACAAAGGAUCCAGCCAUCAAUAACGAGCGGGCGAGCGAAAGCCAAAAACCAUCAUUCGAAACCGUCUUAUCACGCGCACGCGACCUGUUUUUCGCCCCGACCACUUUGAAGAACGUGGAGGACGGAGUCGUUAUCAUCAUCAUCCCAUCAAUCCACACCCUCAUCGUCCCGUCCCCAGACCCAGAUGGGCCCACUCGGCCGCUCGUCGUUCGCAUCCCGGUGACACCUGCGACUGCCUUUCAAAAAUACAGCGGUGACGUAUCUGUCUCAUUUUAUCAUCAGAACCAGAUAUGA